AGUAAAUUAAGAAUGAAUAUAAACGUAUUUAUUAUUCUAUAAUUGGAAUAGCAUCCAGAUUUAAACUCCUUUUUUUACAUUUUCCUUAAUAAUUUUUUAUCACCUAUAACAGAAACUUACAGGCACGUCUUCCUCUAUAUAUACACACACAUACCAAAACAAUCAAACAUCAAUUUUCACAAUUCAUAGAAUUAAUAACAAAAAAAAAUUCUCCAAUUACUUUCAAAGUAUUCUCUAAAAAAAACAAAAUGACGAAAACAAAAAUUAUAGCCAUGAUGAUGGUGGUGAUGAUAGAUUUUUUUUUAACAACAAAUACUUAUAUUAAAAUUAAAGUCCAAUGGACUAAGUCGGUUACAACCGGAGAGAUACUCGACGGUAAGCUGAUAAACUUACAUAAUUAAAUAAUAACAAAAGAUAGAGAUGGCUAAGGAAAAAAAGAAACCCAUAGAAGAUCUUCACUUGUAUUCGUAAAGCUCGCAUUCAAAAAAACGCAAAAAGAUCGAAAUCGACGUUGAAGAAUCCAACCAAUGGGUUUUGAGAACAGUUGAAAAUCGUCUUUGAAGAUACAUGGAUCUCCCGAUGUUGCAGUGAAGUGCAAAGAAACUGCCGGAGUAGGACUACACACAGAAUUGUCGACGGUACAACUUCUAUCUGAUAGCAAUCGGGAGAUGCUGAGUUUAACCGGGUGAUGAUGAUAAUAAUGGGAAUUGAUACUUUUGAUCCAGCCAAAUCGUCACUCAUGCGAACUCUCUGGUAGAUAUCUAUUCUGAUCCGUUUACAAAAGCUUCUUCUCUUUCACAAGAUCAUAGCUUUUUUGAAUCUGAUGCUUCAGCAGAAUUUAUGUCGUCUUCAUUAGAUUAUAAUUCUGAUGUAGUUGGUGUUACUCCAAAUUCUUAUUCUCCUUCACUAGAAUAUAGUUCUGAUCUAGUUGGUGUUACUCCAAUUUCUUAUUCUCCUUCACUAGAUUAUAACUCUGAUCUAGUUGGUGUUACUCCAAAUUCUUAUUCUUCUUCCCAAGAUUAUAGGUCUGAUCUAGUUGGUCUUACUCCAAGCUCUUAUUCUCCUUCACUAGAUUAUAGCUCUGACCUAGUUGGUGUUACUCCAUAUUCUUAUUUUUCUUCACUAGUACAUUAUAGUUCUGAUCUAGUUGGUGUUACUCCAAACUCUUAGGCAUGCAUGAAAAACUAUUCCAAGACAUGUAGUAAGAAGAGCUAAAGCGAUAACUGAUAUGUCUAAAUUAGUGAAGAGAAAAUGAUUAUUUCACGCCUAUCAACUAAAGAGAAAAUGAUUUGUUAUGAACUAAGAAAUAUAUAUUCACUAAAAAAAACUAAGAAAUAUAUCAACUUAACAUAGUACUAUAAGCGAAAGCUCCUUUGACUAAUGGUUAGACCAAAUAGCUUAUUUCUUAAAACUGUGAACUUUAAAACUAAUGAAAACAAACUAACGUGAAAUCUCCAGCGCGACUGCGCGGUGUACUACAUCUUCCUGAACUUUUACUAAAUGUUAUGUGAUACUUAGUGGUAACAUUAGAAGUGACUUCAGAAAAGAAACAUAAAAUGUCGUAAAUUUAUAAUUCCCCUUGUUUUUAAUAUAAACCUCUGAGUUGUUAAAAAAAAAACCUCUGCAUUUUUGGUUGUUGUUUGUUUCUCUAAAGCUCAGUUAUUUUGUCAUGCUAAACUAGAAAUUUAAGAUUUUUAUUCUAGAGUAUAUUAACAACAAAAAUUAUGCUAGCUAGAAAAAACUUUCAUAUAAUUUAUCAAAAAUUAAUCAACAAUUACAUGGUUCAAUAACCUAUCCAGAGAAUAAUAUUUCCUUAUUAUUACACAACAAUAGAGUAAAGUUCGAUGUUGCAGUUGUUUAUAACAAUAAUUAUAAUGAAACUUCAACUUUGGAGAAAGAACCUUGUUUUGAUAAGUUUUGAAAAAAAGUUAAUGCUAUUUCCCCUAUGUUCCUUCGCACCUCCAUGGCUGCAUUGCACACUCAACAAAACGUUAGAGAUUCUUACAUAUCUUAAGAAUCCCUUAGGCUUCACAUGUUGCGUUUAAAGAUUUGAUAUCUUUCAUCGCGUCUUCUUGAGAAGAAAGUGUGAUCCGAGCGCAGGGGCGGACGUACGUUGGCCAGUACGGGGUCACGUGACCCCGACUAAUUAUAUAAAAUCGGAUGUGUUAACGUACAAGUCGGGUUGGUUCAGUGGCGAAUUGUAUGCUCACCACAAACGCAGUGUGAAGGGUUUGAUCUCUCCCAACUCGAAAUAACUUUUUAUGUAGUUUAUAGCUGUUUUGUUCGUGAAUUAAAUUAGUUUUGCAUUUGUUUUUACCAUUUUCUUUAAAACAACUUCCUAUAAUUUAUACAAGAGUUUAUCAAUGUUUCUUCUAAGAUAAGUUAAGUAUUUUCUUUUGGACAAAAAAUAUUGCAUAGUAAUUUGAAGUAACAUUAUAGUUAUUAUGUGAUUAAUAUAUAAUAUUGUAUGUAAAAUUUUUGUAUUAAUUACAUAUUUAAAUUAAAAUAAUAUUUUUAUAAUAUUGUGCUCCCAACUAAAAAGGUAUCUAGGUCCGCCACUGUCCGAGCGUACAAAACACCAUUUUAUUCUUACCAUCAGAUUUUGUCUUUGGGAUGUGAGUUAUGUCAAUCCAUGCUCCGUCUUAGCUUUUAUUUAAUAACUUCAUUAGUUGAUGCCGUUAUGAUAAUUUAUGGCAUCACUAGAUGGCUUGUAACAUUUCGAUCUUUUUAGCAACUUAAUUAUUAAUCUUGAGACUAAACAACACCAACAAAUGAUAACAUGUAAAAAAGUACUAAUCAAUUUUCUCUCACAGCAAAUAUUAAUUGAGAGGAGGAAAAUUCUUCUCAUUUUUUGUGGUUAAAUAUUAUUGCCACUUGGUAUUUUAAAUAUUUGAUGGAUGGGAUUUAGCUUCUGUAUGCUAAAUAAAGAUAUGCCAUUUUGAAAUUUUCUCCGUAUUGAAGUAACAAAGAUCCUAAAAAGUCUCAUCCCCCUCCGUAUAUAUAAUCAAUCAUUCGUCUCAUGCUUUUUAACUCUAGUCACAAAGUUAAACAAGAUGGCUUUCAGAAUCGCCAGCCAAUUGCGCUCGACCGGCAAAAAAAAUGGUGGCUCUCGUCGCUUCGCGACCACAGUCGCCGAUGGUACCAAAGAAACAUAUAAUAAGUUUUCAGUAACGGGAGAGUUUGCACCAGUGGCUAUAAUAGGAGGUUUUGUUGCUCUAGCGGUUGCUAUGGCCGGACAUAGCCUCAAGCAGCAGCUAAUGCAUGCUCCAGGGGUCAGUACAAGGAAGAACAGAAGAGCGGCUGUCGCGGAAGUCGAUGAUCCGGACAAUUGUGUUUCCUCCGCCGACAAAUAUAUCAACAAGUCUUGGCUACGGAAAGUAGGUCAGAUUCAAGAUAAGUCUAGUGCCAUCUUAUCUGAUCCCACCAGACCUAACCCAUUCACCACGCCUCGAAAUGCAGAGACAUUGAAAUCCGUUGGUGUGGCUCCAAAGGGAAUCUGAAAACUUUCUAUGAAUCGAACAAGAUCCUUUGUUUUCAAAUAAAAAUGCAUUUUAACUUUAUUAAUUUUUGUUCACUAAUAUAUGUACAUAUAUAAUAAUAUAAUCUCUUGGAGAUUGUAACAAAUAACGCUGCUUUCUUUUUUAUAUUGUUGAUGUUUGA